CAUUUAUUUAACAUUUUGGUGAAAAUAAAUUGUUGUUCGAGGGCUCUUCCCCACUCCCUGAGACGUAAACCAAUUAAAUUGCUUAAAUUUCUGAUUGACUGGACUCGUAGCCAAUAGCUAACCGCGCUACAAAAACGACGCAUAUCGCGGUGUCUCUCUCUCGCUCUCUCGCUCCCUCCUCGGUGUGCGGCGCAGCGGGCUCCUCUUUCCGGCGCAGUUCGCUUUGGAUGCUGAUGCUGAGGCUUCUCGCUGAUCUGUAGCAUCGCUAGGUCUUCUACGUUUAUCGCCAUGUUGUAUUGUCUGAGGCUGCAGCACUGCGUUGACCUCUGUCUGGGCGGCCUGCUGUUGUUUUUAGCGGUGGGGCUGCAGCAGGUGGAAGCAACAUCCUCUGCGGAGAUGAUCGACUUGAACUGGAAGCCGUUCAUCUACGGAGGGAUGGCCUCGAUUGUUGCAGAAUUUGGGACCUUUCCCAUUGACCUGACAAAGACUCGCUUACAGGUCCAGGGUCAGUGCCAGUACACGGAGGUGCGCUACAAAGGCAUGUUCCACGCCCUCUUUAAGAUCGGCAAGGAGGAAGGCAUCCGAGCGCUCUACUCUGGGAUUUCUCCGGCUCUGUUGAGACAAGCUUCCUACGGGACGAUCAAGAUCGGAACCUACAAUUCUCUAAAGAGGCUGUUUGUGACUAAUCCAGAAGAUGAGACGAUGGUCAUCAACGUGUUCUGCGGCGUUGUGUCCGGAGUCCUGUCCUCUUCUCUGGCCAACCCCACUGACGUCCUCAAGAUCAGGAUGCAGGCGCAGGGCAGUUUGCUCCAAGGCAGCAUGAUGUCCAACUUCAUGAACAUCUACCAGACCGAGGGCACCAGAGGGCUGUGGAGGGGUGUCAUCCCCACAGCACAGCGGGCGGCCAUCGUGGUCGGGGUGGAACUUCCUGUCUAUGACAUCACAAAGAAGCACCUCCUUCAAUCGGGCCAGAUGGGAGACACUAUCAUGACGCAUUUCAUCUCGAGCUUCACGUGCGGCUUGGCCGGGGCGCUGGCGUCCAACCCCGUGGACGUGGUGCGGACCCGCAUGAUGAACCAGCGCGUUUCGUCGGGGGCCCCCAUGUACAAAGGGACCCUGGACGGACUGAUGCAGACGUGGAAGAACGAGGGCUUCUUCGCUCUCUACAAGGGGUUCUGGCCCAACUGGCUGCGGCUGGGUCCUUGGAACAUCAUCUUCUUCAUCACCUUCGAGCAGCUGAAGAAGCUCCCGUUCUAAGCGGCGCAGGAGGCGGGACUUGGCCGGUCUGUUGGACUGUGUUGGGCGUAAGAAGGGUGUGAGCACGGCAGCACCCGGCGCUCAUUCACAACCCCCCCACCCCCUCCCCCCCCCCAAAUGUACGGCGAUGAUGCGACACUGCAUUUGGUCAUCUGCCUCCAUGCUCAUCCAAAUCUUCUGUUCUGUGUCCCUUUUUCGGGUUUUAGUUUUUAUUUAUGGUCACUGGUUGUGUUUUUGUACUGUUGCCGCGGCGAUCGCUCUCGCCACCGACACUCCACCAGGCAGCUAGAUGUUCCCGCUGUAGCAGAAGACGGGACGUGGAUUCCCUUCCAGGAGAACUUUUGCCUUUUUUUUAAAAAGACACCCACUUUUCACACAUUUGGAGAAAAAAAACUGGAUAAUUAGUUAUGUUUGUCGCAGAAUAUCCGUUCAGGUUUCUAAAAGCUGAAGGUGAAAUUUUAAAAUUGAACAACGUACACAAACCCAGCAUUUUGAACUUUUUGCAUCUGCAUCUUGUUUUUAAGUCGGUUUAAACUGCUGAAUGGGGAGGAAGAGUUGCAUGAAAGAGAUGCAGAGAGACCGGUAUUAAGACUAAAGAGAAGGAGGAGAGUAGAACACCGUAUUUAUCUAAAAAUUAGUACAUUACAAAGCUCGAGGAGAACAUUUUCAUGCUUUUCUUGUAAGUUAUGACCAUAUAAAAGGUUUUUUUGCUCCUGGAUUUAAAUUUCAUUUCUCAUAAAAAAAAAUGUCAUCUCAUGAGCUGACAUGCGACUUCACAGAGAUUUGUUUGUACGACUUUAAUCGCAGGUUUCUUUUCUCUUCAUGUUAGCUCUCCUCCUGCAGCUCUGCCAAUCAUUCUUCUUCUAUUCGUCACCUACAGAGACCCCGAUACGCCGCCGUAACAGUUACGUUCAAUAUGACGAGAACAUUUGUACAUUGAGGUGCCUCAAAAAGUGCAGUUUAAUCUGAAAAUGGACCCGUUGUCAGACGAUGACUCGACACUUUGUGUGUUUUGUUCUAUUAAUUACUUGUUCGGAUUUGUUUCAGACUCAUUUGAACACAAAACUCUGAACAUCUGGGAUCUCAAGAGUGAGUGAAGUUAUACUUGAAACGAGCAAAAGUCUGAACCAAAGCCUUUUAAAAUGAGCCUCUAAAAACCCUUCACAGCCAGACUGUGCUCUUCCUCCUCUCGGUCUGUAUUUCUAAGCAAAUUUUCACUCCCUAUGAAGGUGUUUUACAUUUUAUCUUUUCUAUGGAUGCGUUUCUUUUUGUCACCUGCGCACUAUUUGCACUAUUGAGGCACAUUUUUAUAGCUGCAAGUCUUACAUUGAAAAUGCAGAGAUUUAAGUUCAACUGCACACAUAAAACAAACCAAAUUGGAAUAAGUUGUGUUUUUUUUAAAUGUUUAAUGCGCACACGUAAACUAUUUAAGCAUCGGUAAACAUUUUCAUGCUGUUUUGUUUG